AUGCCGGAAGAAAGAAAAUCUAAUGUGAUCUCCAAUUUUACUUUUGCUGGUACUGCCAGUACAAUCCAGGCAGGUGUGCAGAGUUCAUCAGAGAAGAGUAGCAGUAGUAACGGUAACCAAGAUUUAGGAAAAAUGUUUGCACUUCUAGAUUCUCUUGAUCCGCAUCUGAGGCCCGUCACUCCCGACUUCAAUGACGAAAAAUCUGUACAACUUUAUGAGGAACAUAAGAAACUAGUAGAGGAAUAUUGUAAGGUACAAGAAGAAUUAGUCUUCAUGACACAAAAACACAAUCAACUAUUAGCUGAAGAAGCUGAGGAUCAACAAAGGCAACUCAACCUGAAGGCGUUACAAGAAGAAAAAGAAUCAUUGAUGUUAGCCAAGAACCUGUUACAGCAACAGCGGGAAAGGACGUCCGCAGAAAAUGCACAGUCCAGGAAUUCAGCGAACGAUUGGGUCAUCCUGUCUCGAAGAGAAAACAAUAAUUGA